UUUUGACUUGAAUUAUUGUUUCGUCCAUUCCACCGACUUCACUGACGACGACGACGAGCACGACGACGACAGCAGCGAGCAAGAUACUUGUCAAAGGCACUUAAACUAGGUCUCAUUACAGUGCAUAUUUCCUGCGUGUGAUAUUGUGUUGGCCCAGAUGCGAUGUUCUACCCUUCGCAGUCGCCCGCAAUCUCACACAAGCUCGCCCACCCACACCAUGUUAAUGUUCAAGACCAGUCCCCUUGGUCUCGAAAUGUCAAUCACACACAUACGCAUCACCCACAGCAGAGCAUAGGUCCACCUCCACCAUCCCCAGGUUACCCGCUCUAUACAAAUGGUGCUGUGAAUCCUAUUCAACAUCACCCGCAUCAUCCCCUUUCACACCCCCCGCUCCCUCCCCACCAGCACCAGAAUUCUUUGUCUCAUUACCCUUCUCCACCCAAUGGUCACAUCCACCCGCAGCAUAUGGGCCAGGGUUCACCAGGAAGCGUUGGCAGCCAGAUCAUAACACCCCAUUGGCAGCAGCAACUUCUGAAGUGUGAGAUGAUCAGGUCCUCUCGGUCUUCACAUCACCGUGCCCGUGCUAGCGCAAUGGCAUCACGCACGGUCAUUAAAUCCGCUAUCCCUAUCACAAAUCCCAACCUUGUCAAGCCCAGUACGAGCACAAAUGUUGACAUCACAGAAUCCUCCUCGAAAGACCCACCCGGAACACCAGCUCUAUCAUCCACCCCUGCCUUGAGUGCCGCCGAGAGCUCACCAGGCGUCGCAAAUUCUGUAGUCAAUCACCCAUCAUCCACUGUUGCUCCUAUUGCCGAGGCCCCGCGGCCUACUGCCAAACCCCCACAGAACACCUGGAACUCCCUUGACAUGGGUGGCAUCAAUAUUAAAAACAUCCCACCGUCUUCUGGCCUCUUCAAGUUCACUUUCCUCAUCAACCUUUAUCUCAACCACAAUGCCCUCACCUCUAUACCCGCCGGAAUUGCGAAGCUCCGUCACCUUGAACUCCUCGAUCUCAGUGGAAAUAACCUCUCAACAGUUCCUGCUGAGCUCGGCAUGCUUACCCAGCUGAAGGAGUUAUACUUGUUUGACAACCAUCUUGUGACCCUGCCAGCUGAACUAGGCAGUCUGCAUCAGCUACAGACAAUCGGUGUCGAGGGGAAUCCCAUAGACACGUCUCUGAAGGCCAUUGUGCAGAAAGACGGUACACCCGCCCUCAUUUCUUACCUGCGCGACAGUUGCCCUGUCCCAUCUCCUCCACCAGAGCGUCUUUGGAAGUCCCUCAUUUCGUCUCAAGAGCGGGAGGCCCUUGCCGCAGAUCCUGCCACAGAGACGCUCAGUGCUCUCUGCUACAACAUUCUGUGUGAGAAGUACGCGACGGAGCGGUUGUACGGAUACACACCUUCAUGGGCACUCAGCUGGGAUUAUAGGAAGGAAUUGAUAUUGACGGAAAUAAUGAAUUACGAUACCGACUUUUUGUGCCUGCAGGAAGUGGAUAUCGCACAGUACGAGGACUACUUUGUGAAGCAUUUGCAGGGGCAAGGGUAUGAGGGAAUUUACUGGCCAAAGAGCAGGUAUAAGACGAUGAGUGAUGCAGAUCGUCGGCAGGUUGAUGGGUGUGCAACGUUCUACAAGGCAGACAAGUACUGCCUCAUCGAACGUCACCUCAUCGAGUUCAGCACCGUCGCAAUGCAGCGUCCCGACUUCAAGAAAACAGAUGACAUGUUCAACCGUGUACUAGGCAAAGACCAUAUUGCCGUUAUCUGCCUCUUUGAGGUGAAGGAAACGGGCACUCGCAUCAUUCUUGCCAAUGCUCAUAUCCACUGGGAUCCCGCCUAUCGCGACGUCAAGCUCGUCCAAGUCGCGCUUCUCGUCGAUGAGAUCGAGAAGAUCGCUGCGAACUUUGCACGGAUGCCCCCGAGGCCGGAUACACCCCGCGCGCCCGUCUACAGCGAUGGAAGCAAGAUCCCGCUGAUCAUUUGCGGAGACUUCAACAGCGUUCCGUCUUCGGGUGUAUAUGAGUUCCUUACGAACGGGAGCUUGCCACCCGACCACCCAGACUUUAUGAGUCACCUGUAUGGGCGGUACACCACGGAUGGGCUGCGGCAUCGUUUGGGGCUCAGAAGUGCGAAUGCGGCAGCGGGUGAACUCCCGUUAACGAAUUAUACGCCAAGCUACCAAGGCGAGAUCGACUAUAUAUGGUAUUCGACUGCAAAUCUAGCUGUGAAUGCGGUACUGGGAGAAGUGGAUAGAGGGUACUUGGAAAAAGUGGUAGGGUUCCCGAACGCUCAUUUCCCAUCAGAUCACAUAUGCAUCAUUAGCGAGUUCCGCGUGAAGCCUCCAAGACCGCCAGCCUUGCUACCAACGGCGUCUUGAACAAGCUAGUAAGCAUCCAAAUACAUCAUUUAUCGUCUCAUUUCUUGUACGCACAUGUAUUUGGCGGUACAUUGGUUCUACAUAUCGGGUGCACACAUUACAUAUUCAUGAUAUUCUUUUUCAUGUCCAAGUUUCUUUGUUGUUGUCGUCGUACGUCGUUCUUUCAAGUUUCCGUACGAUUUUUGUUUUAUCCUUCUGUCUUUCUUUUUUCGUUCUAUUUGUUUUUCUUUCUGGUGUUCAUUAUAAUGUUGCGCCUCCUUCAAAUUACAUACAUACAUACGACAUACAACAAGCUUUGUAGCAUGUGCUGUACGGUUCUUUGUGUAUGAAACGGCUAUUCCCUCUCUGCUCCUUGAAAUAUUUAUGAUAGGCUGUACCAAAUCAGGGUGUUGAGCAAAUCUAAGAA